AGGUUGGCUUAUUUUGGGGAGCUCUGGGAUCCUGCUCGUCCUGAAGAUCGGGUGAUCAUUGACAUCAGCCAUGUCAUCGAGGCCUUUUGAGAGUCCACCUCCGUAUAGACCUGAUGAAUUCAAACCCAAUCAUUAUGCACCGAGCAAUGAUGUGUACGGUGGGGACAUGCACGUCCGACCCAUGCUCUCUCAGCCGGCGUAUUCUUUCUACCCAGAAGAUGAAAUUCUUCACUUCUACAAAUGGACCUCUCCUCCAGGAGUAAUUCGGAUUCUGUCCAUGCUUGUCAUUGUGAUGUGCAUCGCCAUAUUUGCCUGUGUCGCGUCCACGCUCGCCUGGGAUAGAGGCUAUGGAACUGGCUUAAUGGGUGGUAGCAUAGGCUACCCUUACGGAAGUGGCUUCGGGAGCUACGGGACUGGCUACGGCUACGGGUUUGGCUACGGCUACGGCUACGGCGGCUACACGGAUCCCAGAGCAGCAAAGGGCUUCCUCCUGGCCAUGGUGGCCUUUUGUUUUAUCGCUGCAUUGGUGAUAUUUGUUACCAGCGUUAUAAGGUCUGACAUAUCCAGAACCAGAAGGUACUACUUGACUGUAAUAAUACUGAGUGCCUUCCUGGGCGUCAUGAUGUUCAUUGCUACAAUUGUCUAUAUAAUGGGAGUCAAUCCAACUGCCCAGGCUUCUGGGUCUUUAUACAGUUCACAGAUAUAUGCCAUGUGCAACCAGUUCUAUGCAUCUACAGCUACCGGACUCUACAUGGAUCAGUAUUUGUAUCACUACUGUGUGGUGGAUCCCCAAGAGGCAAUUGCCAUUGUCCUGGGAUUCAUGGUGAUUGUGGCUUUUGCUUUAAUAAUUUUCUUUGCUGUGAAAACUCGAAGAAAGAUGGACCGGUAUGACAAGUCGAAUAUAUUGUGGGACAAGGAACAUAUUUAUGAUGAACAACCCCCCAAUGUUGAAGAGUGGGUUAAAAACGUUUCUGCAGGCACACAAGACAUGCCUCCUCCCCCUUCUGACUAUGUGGAGAGAGUGGACAGUCCCAUGGCGUACUCUUCCAAUGGUAAAGUGAAUGACAAGCGGUUGUAUCCAGAGUCUUCCUAUAAAUCAACACCGGUCCCCGAAGUGGUGCAGGAGCUGCCCGCCACCUCCCCUGCGGAUGACUUCAGGCAGCCUCGCUACAGCAGCAGCGGGCACUUGGAGCCACCUUCGAAGAGGGCCCCCUCGAAAGGAAGAACGGGAAGGCCCAAGAGGCUGGAGCAGGACCACUAUGAGACAGACUACACGACGGGCGGCGAGUCGUGUGACGAGCUGGAGGAGGACUGGAUCAGGGAAUAUCCACCUAUCACUUCAGAUCAACAAAGACAACUCUACAAGAGAAAUUUUGACACUGGCCUGCAGGAAUACAAGAGCUUACAAGCAGAACUUGAUGAGAUCAAUAAAGAACUCUCUCGCCUGGAUAAAGAAUUGGAUGACUAUAGAGAAGAAAGUGAAGAGUACAUGGCUGCUGCUGAUGAGUACAAUAGACUGAAGCAAGUUAAGGGAUCUCCAGAUUACAAAAAUAAGAGGAAUUAUUGCAAGCAGUUGAAGAGCAAAUUGUCCCACAUCAAGAAGAUGGUUGGAGACUAUGAUAGACAGAAAACAUAGAAGGCAGAUGCCACACAGUUUGAGAGAUUGUGAAGUAUUUGACAUAUCUGCAACGUUGUCAGAAGGCAGAAUGACUUUGGAUUUCGAACCCAGGAGGCCAGAUCUUUGUGAUCAUUACAAAGUUUUGGUAGCUUUAAUAUCAUCAGUAUUGAAGCAUUUUACACAUAGCUUUUGAUAAUCAACUGGGCUGAACACUCCCGAUUAAGGAUUCUGUGCUUUAGACUUUGGCUGUUGUGCUAAAGGACUGAGUAUAGGUGGAGGUUUUUCAGACCUUGGAAGAAGGUCCCACGGUGAACUUGUGCUGUGAACUUGCACACUUGGGGCA